UUACUUUAUCUUCACCCCAGUUCCUUCGAGUCACCCGCUGCAAUAUGAAGUACUUACUUUCUUCUGUAUAUUUUGCCACCUUCUUGGCCGUAUCUAUGGCCGAACAUGAUCAUCACCAUGACCAUGCAGACCAGAUGCCAUUGGACUAUGUCAAAUAUCCUCUUGAACCUCUGUACCGUACCACUACCGGCGAAGUCACUGCUGACGCCAUCUUCUCUGGCAUUACCACCUUCGCUAAAUUGCCGUGGGUCCAGUGUCUCACCAAAGACAAGGGCGAGUCAUUUGACAUCGCCUUCAUUGGCGCACCCUUUGAUACCGGUACCAGUUACAGGCCCGGAGCACGCUUCGGUCCAGCUGGCAUUCGUUCUGGAUCUCGUCGUUUGACAUUGUAUGGCGGUUAUAAUGUUCCUCUCGACUCUAACCCGUUCCAAUCCGGGCUCAAAAUUGUGGAUUGUGGCGACAUUCCCGUUACGCCCUACGACAACAAGGUUGCUAUCAAACAGAUUGAAGAAGGGCACAAGGCGUUGCUUCAUCGUGAAACGUACUCUCCUUUGGGGAACGAUUCCGUGACUGGUCAAGCUUUGACGCCCCUCUCAAUCGAUGGCAAACAUCACCCUCGUGUCGUUACCCUCGGUGGUGAUCACACCAUCGUUCUUCCAAUUUUGCGUUCUGUUUAUUCGGCUUACGGACCCAUUUCUGUGAUCCACUUUGAUUCUCAUCUGGAUACCUGGAAGCCUUCUGUCUUUGGAGGAGCCCCGUCGGACGUCGCUGCCAUCAAUCAUGGAACAUAUUUCUACUGGGCGAGCCAAGAAGGUCUUAUUCAGAAUGGAUCAUCAAUUCACGGGGCUAUCCGGACGACACUUUCUGGGCUCGAGGACUACGACAAUGACGACGACGCGGGCUUCAAGCGCAUUGAAGCCCGCGAGAUUGAUACCAUCGGAACUGACGGUAUUAUCAAGAAAAUUCGUGAGACCGUCGGAGAGGCACCUGUUUACCUCUCUAUUGAUAUCGACUCCAUCGACCCUGCUUUUGCUCCUGCCACAGGUACGCCAGAGACCGGAGGCUGGUCCACUCGCGAGAUUCGCACAAUCUUGAGGGGCUUGGACGGCCUUCAUCUCGUCGGGGCUGACAUAGUGGAAGUCGCACCUGCAUAUGACACCAAUGCAGAGCUUACUACUAUCGCUGCAGCUGAUGUUCUCUUCGAGGUUCUCACUGUCAUGGCUAAAACUCCCCUAGGUAAGGUGCGGGGUUCUCAGUAAGGCCGCAGUGCACUUCAAAGAUGAGACGCUGCUACAUACAUGCAUAUCUUUUCUUUUCUUCUUCAUUGCCCGAAUAACGUUCUCGACCCAUUGUGUUCGUACCGUACGCGAAAUUGAUUCUAUGUCUUUCAUCCAAUCUAAGCGAG